AUGCCUAGUGUAGAUGCGUCGGCAUGGCCUUCCUGGCUCGCCGAGACAGGGAUUUUUCAAAACCUCUCUAAUGAGGAACGUGAGCACGCGGUGCAUGCCGCUGUACGUGGCCUUGUGCGGUCGUAUGCAGAACCUUUGGUCGCUUCACGUACUCCUGAGGCCGUUCAAAAGGCACUGCAUACGACGCCAUCUUAUGCCGAUGCUAUGGAUUCUUUAUGUGACUGGAUCACUUCGACGCCACGCGCGCUGGAGUCGCUCCUUGUGCCUAUGCCAGUCGGUGCCUAUCCUCUGGACUAUACCACGCUGGAUUUGUACAUGGUCCCACGCUUAAUUGGCGCGCUCAGUGUCCUGUGCACUCAUGUACAACAAGCCUCGAACACGACAGAGACUGCUAUGCAGUACUCAGGUGCGCUCCUACAUGCUAUGAAAGAAGCUGCAGGGGCUACGAUGCGUGUCAUCGGCACUGUACUGCACGUGUGCCUCUCCUCUACACACCAACACAGCCACGUUCGUUUCCUUUUGUACGAUGCUCUCCGUGCCGGUGCGCGCAUGGUGUCGUUACGUAUACCCAAUACAUGGCAUAUGCAUACCCUUUCUAUGCCAGGCACGUUACGUGACAAAGCCACUCCAGGGCAAUUGGUCUUGGGCAGCCACGACCCCGUGCCUCUGUCCAUGGCCUUGUCCACUCCAUCCCAUGUGCCUGUGGCAGUCAGAGCACCAGGGACGCCUGCCUAUGCAUGGUCGGCAGCGGAUGCGGCGCUGUUUGUCAUUCCUGUGGACGAGGUAUUUGGGCCAGCGUUGGCCGAUCACCUUGUGAUGCUAAGCACACGCAUCGCCUCUGAACUUGCGCUGGUAUUUCCCUCUGCAAUGCAGGAUAUCGUGGAGUGUGCGACGUAUGCGACACUGGCGUGCUUGCCUGACCUCCCUGAGCACUUGACGCUACUUCAAGCCGAGGCCAUGCAAGCUGCCAUUCGUGUGCUUCCUGACUCUUUCUCGUUCUUUCAUUUGGUUCGUGUCUGUGGUACCUCUUUGGCCUUUCAUUCCAUGGAGGAAGCGGUAUGUACGUGUCUGUAUGAUGUCCUUGGCCAUGCACGUUCCACGCUGUGUGCCUACCGUGCCCGCGAAAAAGCGUUGCCACCAGAAGUGUACGGGAUUCUAGGCGAUGCACGAGCGCUGUUGCCUACCCUGCUACACCAAGCGCAGCAGCAUCAAGGUAUCUGGCGUCAGUGCUACGCAGCACAGCUGGGGCUGGCCCUUUCUCUGCUGGACAGCGAUCCAUGGACCGACGAGGAGUGGCGGCAGGUGGACGAACUGGAUGAAAGCGCCCUCAUGGAAGAGUGUACACGAUUGCAUACGAGUCCACGCCGCCGCAGCCCAAGUCCCUCGUUGUGCGUCCAGCAUCAUGGUGCUCGAAAACGCGCCAGAAUCGACGCACCCACAAUCCCAUGCCCUUCGGAUCCAUGCACCUAUUGCGACAGCGCCGACCUUGAUAUGUCAAACCCUGCGCCAUGGACCAUUACGACACUGGACGAGCUGCCAGACGUCUGGUCACAUGUCACCUUCUCUGAUCCACAUCAAGCUAUGCCGUGCUUACAAGAUAUGCUACGUAUGACGAUGCAUGCCGCUCCAGAUGUGCUUGUUCAAUGUCCCUUUGAUACCUGGUUAGGUCUCCUACGAUCUGCUCUAAUGCAUGUGCAUCGUGGUGUACGUAUUCGCGCCGGCCGUCUAUUGUAUGUGAUGGUGUCGCGAUUUGCCUCCGCGCCGUUACACUCUGCUGCGCGCCUCGCCGCCUUAGUACAGCUAGCCACGGACGGCACCAAGUCGUCGGACCGCAAAAUUCAAGAGACAUCUCUCUCCACAGUGGCGCUGCUGGGUCGUAUUCAGCACGAUGCUUCCUUUGUCUUGGUGGUCACGGCAUUGAUCCAUGGUCUGUACCUUCCUCACAUCUACCUGCGUGCUUUGGCCAGUGCAGAGACCAUCCAACUUGCGUUGUAUCGCAAAUGCACAACCUUCCAGUUGCUCUCUCAGCAUCUUGAUACCGUGUGCCACGUCGCUCUUUCGGCCCACAUCGGCGCUAUGCAGGCACUGGGGGAGCUGGCUCGCCUUGUCGGGAUGAAUGUCCCUACGUUUUUGCAAACCACGCUAGAUUAUACCCUUCCUCUUCUUCUGGAACAACAUGCGCAUCAUAUGGGCCAUGCUCAGUCGCAUAUUGAGGCGCUGGCUACCACGGUAGGUCAGCCUGUACCAGGCUUGUGUCUCUCGCACGUCUCUGCCGUGUUUCAGCAUGUGUAUCUGCUACCACCUGACGUACGUGAUGCGAGUGUCCAAGCUUUCCUAUCGCUGCUGGGCACACGGAGCGUUACGGUUGCUAGCCUGCUUCGUAGCCGGCUGCACGACGUGCUGGGCUGGCUGGUCAUGCACCUCGGCUCUCCCACCACUCACGAAGUCGAAGCGGCUUUGCAAGGCCUGGAAUGCGUCCGCUCGACUAUGGCGACAAGCGGAAAGUGGCGCGGCAUGGAUCUCACGUCUUUUCUGCAGGAAGAAGUCCUUGCGAUUCUCACUUGGAUCAAUGAUGAGCUUAGUGGUGUGCAUGGCAAAAUGCGCAUAGCACGUCAGGCUAUGGCGGUACGCAGUAUCGGGGCCUUGGUCCAGCAAAUUGGGGCUGUGGCGGCUCGCGUAGCACCGCAAGUGUUGGCCAGUCUGACAAGCACCCUGCAAAAGCCCGGAUUGGCCAUGCCUACAUUGGAAAGCUGGUACCAUGUUGUUCAAGCACUGCGUGGCGCUGACCUGGGAAGUGUGGUGGGCCCUACCGCCGCCGCCUUACUGCACGUGUGGCCCACCUUGGAUGUCGAAGAACGGCGUAUGGGCGGCCAGGUUUUGCGCUGCGCGAUCCUUGAACGCACAACAGAUCCAAGCUUUUUGAACGAUGUACCAAGUCUUGAUGCGCUGGAUGAAGAUGUGCCAGAUGUAGCCCAGCGGAUUCGUGCGACGAGGCGUGUAUGGGACGACGAGGCUUACUUCCGGCAUAUCUUGGAGCGAGUUGCAAAUGACAGUGCUGCCAUUUGUCUGCAGUCUCUGCAUGAACUGCGCACCUUUCUUCAAGAGCGUCGUGCGUGCAUUGCCAUAUGGACGACAGGCAAUGUGUUUCAUGCGUUGAUCGGUCAGUGUAUCCGUGUGCUUAUGGCCGUAGCCUCCCGUACCGAAUGGGGGGAGCAUGUGCAACGUGUCUGCCUUGCGUGCCUAGGUUUGCUGGGCGCCGUCGAUCCCGAUCGUUUGGAGAUGCCACCUGAAGAGCCGAUCUUUGUGUUGCUGUCCGAUUUCGAUCAGGCAGAUGAGAGUCUGACACUGGCUCAACGCCUGCUCGUGGAGUUGGUCGUCCCUGCCUUUCGUGCGACCAAUGAUACAAAGCACCAAGCCGCGCUGGCGUAUGCCAUCCAAGAGCUUCUGAAAUUCUGUCAUUUCACACCGGCGCUCUUGGAGGCGAAUGCUCCCAGUCGUGUACCCGACAAGGUACGUCGACGAUGGGCAGCAUUACCAGAGGCCAUGCUCCCCACGCUCCUACCUCUUCUCAAUUCGCGCUACGUUGUCCAGCAUACAGAGCCACGGCCCCGCACUACGCCAUUGUACUUGCAUUCAGUUUCGUACCGUGACUGGAUCCAGGCCUGGGCCCUCUUGCUGAUUCGGCAGGCUCGUGAAGGUGAUGCUGCGACGCUAUUUGGUGUAUUUAUAUCUGUCGUACGUGAUCACGAUGUAGGCGUAGCGCAGUACCUGCUACCACACUUGGUUCUGCAUACGCUGAUUUCAGGCACAGAGGCACAGCGACGUGGUGUCCUUGAUGAGUUUCGUGCUGUCUUGGCUGACCAAGCGUCACCUACGCAAGGCUAUGAUCCCGAGCGGCGCCGACUUACAGCGCAAGCGUUGUUCACCGUGCUCGAUCAUGUCGGUCACUGGAUGCGGCGUAUGCGUCUCGUACCGCCUCGAGCGGCGAAGCGCAGUCGACUUCGUGAUGCGCUACAGGAUGUGCAAGCCAUUAUGGAUGAGCUUUCGCCGGACCUUCUCGCACAAGCCUCCCUGCAAUGUGACGCGUAUGCUCGUGCUCUCUUACACUUUGAGUACCGUAUUCGAGCUGUGCGCCAGCAGCAGUCGUCUGACACACUGCAAUCGUACUAUGAGACAAUGCACGAAAUCUAUGCGAGUCUUGAUGAUCCCGAUGGCAUGGAAGGUAUCUCGACCAAAGUCUUAUCGCCCUCUUUGGAGCACCAAAUUCGCGAGCAUGAAAGUACCGGACGCUGGACCGAUGCUCAGAGCUGCUGGGAAGUCGAGCUGCAACGUCGGCCUGAUGAUGUGCGGUUGCAUGUUGGUCUGCUCCGAUGCUUGCGCAAUCUGGGACAUUACGAUACCCUUCGCACGCAUAUUCGCGGUGUCUUAGCCGUGCAUCCGACCUGGCAAGCACAGCUCGCGCCAUUUCAGAUUGAGGGCGCUUGUAUUAUGGCCGAUUGGGACGCGGUUCGGGCCUUGGUACAACAAGGUCAUGCCGUGCCCGAAUUGGGCAUGGCUCGUGCAUUGCUGGCGAUUCGUGAGCAGGACACAAGGGCUUUGGGCGAGGCUGUUGAAGAAGCACGGUCUCAGCUGGGGCGCCACUUGCUGGGCCCUGCGCGUGUAUCGUAUACGCAGGCGUACGAUGCUGUAUCCCAAUUGCACAUGCUAUGUGAAUUGGAACUGAUCUUCCACGAUCAGCAUAACGCGUCCUUGCCUGGCACACUAGCGUCCCGCUUCCAUGCUACAUUGCCGUCGUUCCGUACACGUGAGCCUAUCUUGAGUUUGCGUCGUUCGGCGUUGCAAGCCUCUCAUGCCUCAGCCUCUGAGCUAGGCGAUUGCUGGAUCCUAAGUGCCAAGACCGCACGUAAGGCCGGGCAUACACAAACCGCGUACAGUGCUGUGCUACAAGCGAUGCAGUGUGACGCGCCCUAUGCGUUUAUGCAAAAGGCUAAAUUGCUCGCCGAUAGUGAUCAAGUGCAGGCGGCUUUGCAGGUGCUAAACAAUGCCCUGCAAUCAUCAGAGGCCCAGGCAUCGCAAGACAAGCAUGCGCUAGCGCAAGCCCAUUUGCUUCGUGCGCGUCUCGUGGAGGAAACCGCACGUUUCCAGCAGAACGAUAUUAUCCAGCACUACAAGACCUGCACGAGUCUGGACCCUGACUCUGAGAAGAUUUGGUACUACCUAGGCCACUUUUACGAUGCACCAGGCGGUGGGCCGGUGGGCAACCAAAUGCUCCUGCAGCUCAGCGUAUGCCGUUUCUACAUGAAAUCGGCACAACAUGGCACCAAGUUCUUGUACCGCACAUUGCCACGCAUGCUUACCAUUUGGCUGGAUGCAGGUAACGAGUUGGCGGACUCAGAUACGAAGGCGGAAGAUGAUUCCAAGCAGGCGCAGCAGCAGUUUGACAAGAUCAACGAUAUGAUGCUCAAGUCUGUACGUCAUUUAGCGCGAUACCAAUGGUUCGCUGUUCUGCCUCAACUGGUUGCGCGUAUUGUGCACAAAAACGAGGCCGUAUGGCAGGUCCUGCUCGAGAUUAUUGUGGCGGUAGUGGUUGCCUAUCCGCAGCAAGGCGUGUGGGCCUUGAUUGCAGGGUCCCACUCCAAGGACAAGCGCCGGAAACAACGGUACGAACGCAUUAUGGAGCGAAUCUCAUCGGUGCCGGAGCGUGCGUACCGUGAUGUCGUGCCGAUUAUCGAGGCGGCGGAGCGUGUGUCAACCGAGCUUCUUCACCUGUGCGAGUUUCAUGUGCACAAAGAGGCGACGCUGAGUAUGCAGCGUCAUUUCCCUGCCUUGAUUGCCGCGGUCCAAACCACGCCACUGAUUUUGCCACUGCAAUCGUCGGUCAACGUCAAUUUGCCGCCUGAUAACCAUGUGCACACUGAUCACCGGCCGUUCCCACGGAAUUUGCCGACGAUCCAAGGCUUCGAUGAUACCAUUGAGAUUAUGCACUCGUUGCAGAAGCCACGUAAAGUGGUCAUCCAUGCUUCGGAUGGCCACAAGUAUCCUUUCCUGUGCAAACCACGCGAUGACCUGCGCAAAGAUGCGCGUCUUAUGGAGUUUGACUCGAUGAUCAACAAGCUGCUACAAAGCAACUCAGAGUCACGUCGUCGACGUUUGUACAUCCGGACGUAUGCUGUGAUCAUUCUCAAUGAAGAAUGCGGUCUGAUUGAAUGGGUGCCCAAUACCAUUGCGUACCGCCAAAUCUUGACCAAGCACUAUGCCGCGUUGGACAUUCCCAUGUACACAUCAGACCUGAAGACGUUGCUGGAUGAAGCGCGUGCGAACCCCAAGAAUGCGGCGCAGAUCUUUGACACGAAAGUCGUGUCGCGCUACCCCCCCGUAUUCCACGCAUGGUUCCUAGAGACGUUCCCGGAGCCCAGUGCGUGGUUCAAAGCACGAUCGGCGUAUGCUCGCACGGCGGCUGUUAUGUCGAUCGUUGGGUUUGUGCUGGGUCUGGGCGAUCGGCAUGGUGACAACAUCCUGUUUGAUGCUGGUUCAGGCGAUACUGUGCACGUUGAUUUGAACUGCUUGUUUGAGAAAGGCAUGACAUUUGAAAUUCCGGAGCGUGUGCCUUUCCGGCUGACGCACAACAUGGUAGAUGCGUUGGGCGUGGCAGGGGUCGAAGGGGCGUUCCGUCGGACGGCCGAAAUUACGAUGGGGAUUCUGCGCGACAACAAAGAGUCGCUCAUGAGCGUAUUGCAGGCCAUGGUCCAUGAUCCGCUUGGCGAGUGGGUCGCGACGGAGCGACGUGCACGUCAUCGGCAUGGCGAUAAGACCGCAUCGACAGCAGCGGCUGGUGCGGGAGCCCGCAAAGCGCUCAAAUCGGUAUCUGACAAGCUGGAUGGGCGAUUACGUCGUCCUGGUCUUUCUGAUGAAGUGCGACAUACGACCAAAAAUCUUGUCCACAUGCUCAUUUGCGACGCAACUAGCUCGCAAAACCUCGGUCAAAUGUAUGUAGGAUGGGCGCCUUAUUUGUAA